GAUUCCGUGACCAGAUCCUGCACGCUUCCUUCCUCCGGUAUUUGUCCACCUGCAGGCGGCUCGUCCUCCGCAGCUGCCGUGUCUCCCGGUCUGUCUCUCGGUCUGUCUGUCUGUCGGUAUUUAACGUCGCCGCCGCUCCUGCUCGCUCGCGGUGUGUUUAUAGACUUCUUUUCACCUUUACCGGAUGGGAGGCUGAUCUGCGGACCUCGGUGAGGACCUCUGAGAGCUGCAGCUGGAGGAACAAGUCGACGUUCACGACGUGACCGGACCUGAGAGGUUCGGCAGUCCCGACGGUCUGAGGAGCAGCUCUGCAGGGGGUGAUGUCAUCAUGAUGCUGCCCGUCUCAAGGUUUAAAGGUCAGCCAGUUGGCAUGGUAACCACCACCACACCCUGGCUGUCCGUCAACAGUGACCCUGUCCCCCACUGGCUGUGGUUGGCCAGCUGGUCAGCGGCAGCGUACCAGGCCAUGCCCCCUCUGGUCUUCUACCCCCCAGCUGUGUGGAUACCUGAACACACUCACCUGAUACAGUGGGAACGUCCAGCUGUUGAAGUCCUUCCUCUCCUCCCUCCAUUCUAUCGCUCUUCACCUAUUCGUCCUCCUCAUCCUCUCCCCAAGCUACCUGAAGGCUGGAUCUCACCAGAGAAAAUGGGCGUGUUCCGGAAGAGGGAUAAACGCCUCCUCCUGACGAACCAAAUCAUCCGGAGGCCGAGAGGACACGCCCCCAGGACACACCUGCUGCUGUCUCACUCUGGAGUCUCAGGUCGUGUUAGAAGAGACGCAACAAAGACCAGAAACACCGAACCAGAAGACUCCUCCCCCUCCUCCUCCUCCCCCCCGCUGCACCUCCUCUAUGUGUCUCCUCUCCACCUGCCUCUCCUGGCUGCUCCUCCUCCAACAGUCCAUCAGUCAGAUCCAGCAGGACCACGUCUGGUCUGAGUCUCUGAUGUGGUCUGGGGACCUUCAGCUUCCUCCCUACGUUGCCAAAGAAGCUGGAGAUGAAGAUACUACGUUCAGGAGGCCUUACAGACUUCCAAAAAGGAGCAAUCCAGACAACAGUCUUGUCAGGCCAGGGGAAAUUUCCUGA